GCACUAGGUCAACAAAUUUAUGAAAAAUUUUGACAGUUAACGCGUGCUGUCAAUUAGCAGACGAUAAACAGACCAUUCAGUCUCGGCGGUCUCAGCUGAAAUUUGAUCUGAAAACGUGUUAUGGACUAUGGAGCCAUUCGAGUAAUUUUAGGAUUUUGAAGUUUGAAAUGUAUUUAUUUUACUUUGGCGGAUUUUAAUAUUAAUUUAUUGACUCGGAAUAGUUAUGCUCAUUAGAAGAGCCACAACGAAUUUUGCAAAACUAAUUCAUAGAUAGGUAAAUAUAAGGAUCUUAGAUUUGAAAAAUGUUUUUCCCGCAACCUCCUCUCAAGGCGCCUGCAAGCGAAAAGCCCGAGGUUUCGGAAUGGGAUAAAAUUAUGAUGAAUCUUAUUGGAAAUCAGCAACGAUUUCGCGAAAAUAUUGUAAUUCCCAGAAUCCUUGGACAAGUUCACAUUAAAUCAGUUGAUGAAAAAAGAGUGGAAAUGGUGAUGGAAAGCUGCGCUUUCAAGAGUUUUAUGAGCUGUGUCAUAGGGUUUGGGUUAGGAGCUGCAAUAGGUUUAUUCUCAUCGAGCGUGAAUCCAAACGUAGCAGCAGUUGAAAAACAACAGACCGUACGUGAAAUUUUUCGCGAAAUGAAAACAACGACUGUCGGCUAUGCGAAAAAUUUCGCUGUUGUGGGUGGCGUCUUUUCAGCUGUUGAGUGCGCUAUUGAAUCGUAUCGAGGCAAGUCAGAUUGGAGAAAUGGCACUUACGCCGGUGGAGUAACCGGAGGCCUAAUAGGAUUAAGAGCGGGUGUGAAAGCUGGUUUGGUCGGAGCUGCGGGUUUCGCCGCAUUUUCUACUGCGAUAGACUACUAUAUGCACUCUUAAUGAACUGAAUAUAUACUGUAAAAAGUUUACAUAAUAUUACAUUUCGUUGCUGCAAUUUUUUCCUCUAUGGGUUACAUGGUAUUUUUAAAAUACCAUAUAAUUUUCACAGUAUAGGCACACAGAAAAGGUUUUAAUUCUUGAAGCAUUCGGUUUCAUCAGUCGUACCCGUUAAAAGUUACCUCAAAUAAGUACAUUUCUAAGAAAGAAAAAUCAAAUCUUGCUCGAUAACUUCUAUAGUCUUUGGAUUUAUCGACCUUCCCUAUCACAUAAUACAGAAAUAAAAAGAACGCAGCUGGACUUGGCUUCGCAGUUGAAUCGACUAACAGAGGAAGACCAGGUAAUGUGUUUUUAAUGGGAUUCUACAUUUUUGCGAAGAAAGUUCAUGACUCCAUAUUAAAAUGGUUGAAUUUUCAUAACCCAAUAUUUAGCCAUUUUCGAGAUACAUAGCUGAAUUUUUUAUUAUUAAAUUGCAUUAAAUUACGUAAAUAUAAAGACUUGUUUUCAAUAGAAAAGUCGCCUUUUCAAAGAAUGGAAAAGCGAGUUUAACGUUGAAAACAAGUGUCAACAAUUUUUAUAUUUACAUAACUUUACAAGAGAAUUAAAGAAACAUAUUGGGUCUCGGGAAUUUCACAACUUUAGUUUGGGGGUUUCUUGACUAAAAUUAUGAAUCUAAACAAAAAACACACUAACUGAUCUUCCCCUGUAAAUUAUACGUAAGAAAAACUGAGAUGUAUGCAUAAAAACUGUUUUAAUCUCAUAGCAAAACGUUAUUAAAUUAUGGUUAUUUUGUGAAAAAAUAUAAAGUGCGUACAAUAAAAUAGACAGACUUUC